AGAGAUAUACAAGCUAGAAACAUAGUAUAAUGGGUAAGAAGGCUAUUGACGCACGUAUUCCAUCGCUUAUCCGUAAUGGUGUGCAAGAAAAACAAAGAAGUUUCUUCUUUAUUGUGGGAGAUAAAGCCCGUAAUCAAUUACCUAAUUUACAUUAUUUGAUGAUGUCUGCUGAUUUAAAAAUGAAUAAAUCAGUUUUAUGGGCAUAUAAAAAGAAAUUAUUGGGAUUCACUUCAAAUAGACAAAAGAGAGAAUCCAAGAUAAAGAAGGAUAUCAAGAGAGGGGUUAGAGAAGCUAACGAUCAAGACCCAUUUGAAGCAUUUAUUUCAAAUCAACAUAUCAGAUAUGUUUAUUAUAAAGAAACCGAAAAAAUUUUAGGUAAUACUUAUGGGAUGUGUAUCUUACAAGAUUUUGAAGCAAUUACUCCAAACUUAUUGGCAAGAACCAUUGAAACUGUUGAAGGUGGUGGAUUGGUUGUUAUUCUUUUGAAAUCAAUGCAAUCUUUAAAACAAUUAUAUACUAUGACUAUGGAUAUUCAUUCUCGUUAUAGAACUGAGGCACAUGAUGAUGUUGUUGCCAGAUUCAACGAAAGAUUCUUAUUAUCGUUGGGAUCGAAUGAAAAUUGUCUUGUUGUUGAUGAUGAAUUAAAUGUUUUACCAAUCUCGGGUGGUAAACAUGUUAAACCAUUACCUCCAAAAGAUGAUGACGAAUUACCCCCAAAGCAAAAAGAAUUGGUCGAUUUGAAAGAAAGUUUGGCUGAUGUACAACCAGCUGGUUCAUUGGUUGGAUUAUCAAAAACAGUUAAUCAAGCUCAAGCAAUUUUAACCUUCAUUGAUGUAAUUUCAGAAAAAACUUUAAGAAGCACAGUUACUUUAACUGCUGGUAGAGGCCGUGGUAAAUCCGCGGCAUUGGGUAUUGCAAUGGCUGCUGCUAUAAGUCAUGGUUAUUCCAAUAUUUUUGUUACUUCUCCUUCUCCAGAAAAUUUAAAGACUUUGUUUGAAUUUGUUUUCAAAGGUUUUGAUGCAUUAGGUUAUACUGAGCACAUGGAUUAUGAUAUUAUUCAAUCAACUAAUCCUUCCUUCAAUAAGGCCAUUGUUAGAGUUGAUGUUAAAAGAGAUCAUCGUCAAACUAUUCAAUAUAUUGCUCCAAAUGAUUAUCAUGUUUUAGGUCAAGCUGAAUUGGUUAUUAUUGAUGAAGCUGCUGCAAUUCCAUUACCAGUCGUUAAAAAUUUAAUGGGUCCUUAUUUAAUUUUCAUGGCUUCAACUAUUAAUGGUUAUGAAGGUACUGGUAGAUCAUUAUCAUUAAAAUUGAUUCAACAAUUACGUGAUCAAUCCAAUUCCAAUAAAAAUGAUACUCAAACCACAGUCAUAUCAAGAGAUUCUAAAUCAAAUAUUGAACCAGAAAAUUAUAGUAGAACUUUAAGAGAAGUUGUAUUGGAUGAACCAAUUAGAUAUGCACCUGGUGAUCCAAUCGAAAAAUGGUUAAAUAAAUUAUUAUGUUUAGAUGUUUCAUUAUCGAAGAAUUCUAAAUUUGCUGCCAAAGGUUGUCCUCACCCAUCUCAGUGUAAUUUAUUUUAUGUUAAUAGAGAUACUUUAUUUUCCUACCAUCCAGUUUCUGAAGCAUUUUUACAAAAAAUGAUGGCCUUAUACGUUGCAUCUCAUUAUAAGAAUUCUCCAAACGAUUUACAAUUAAUGAGUGAUGCACCAGCUCAUCAAUUAUUUGUAUUAUUACCACCAAUUGAAGAAGGUGAUAAUAGAAUCCCUGAUCCAUUGUGUGUUGUUCAAUUAGCAUUAGAAGGGGAAAUUUCAAAAGAAAGUGUACGUAAAUCAUUAUCAAGAGGUCAAAGAGCUGGUGGUGAUUUAAUUCCAUGGUUAAUUUCUCAACAAUUUCAAGAUGAAGAAUUUGCUUCAUUAUCAGGAGCAAGAAUUGUCAGAAUUGCCACUAAUCCUGAAUAUAGUGGUAUGGGUUAUGGUUCAAGAGCUAUAGAAUUAUUAAAAGAUUAUUACGAAGGUAAAUUUACUGAUAUUAGUGAAUCUAAUGAAAUCAAUGAUCAUACUCUUACAAGAGUAACCGAUGAAGAAAUAUCUAAAUCAUCUUUAAAGGAUGAAAUUAAAUUAAGAGAUGCUAAAACAUUACCACCAUUAUUAUUAAAAUUAUCCGAAAAGGCACCAUAUUAUUUACAUUAUUUAGGGGUAUCAUAUGGUUUAACUCCACAAUUACAUAAAUUUUGGAAACGUUCAGGAUUCGUACCAGUUUAUUUAAGGCAAACUGCUAAUGAAUUGACUGGUGAACAUACCUCAGUAAUGUUACAUGUAUUAGAAAAUAGAGAAUCCAAUUGGUUAAAUGAAUUUUCUAAAGAUUUCCAUAAAAGAUUUUUACAAUUAUUAUCUUAUGAAUUUAAGAAGUUUUCAUCUAUACAAGCACUUAAUAUAAUUGAAUCAAUUGAAGCUGGAGAAGAAGAUAAGACUGUUAACAAAUUAACUAGAAGUAGAUUAGAUGAAAUUUUAUCACCAUUUGAUUUGAAAAGAUUAGAUUCAUAUGCUAAUAAUUUAUUAGAUUAUCAUGUUAUAGUUGAUAUGUUACCAUUAAUUUCCCAAUUAUAUUUCAAUAAGAAAACAUCAAAUGAUGUUAGUUUAUCAUCGGUUCAAGCCGCAAUUUUAUUGGCUAUUGGUUUACAACAUAAAGAUAUGGAUCAAAUAUCUAAAGAAUUAAAUUUACCAUCUAAUCAAUCGAUGGCGAUGUUUGCCAAGAUUGUUCGUAAAUUUUCAAGUUAUUUUAGAAAUGUAUUAAAAGAAAGUUAUGAAGAAUCUAUGCCAGAAUAUAAAGAUGAACAUGUUGAAGAAAUGGAAGGUAAAGUUGAGCAUGUUGAUUAUGAAAAGAUUAAGCAAGAUUUAGAAGAAGAAUUAGAUAAUGCUGGGGAUGAAGCAGUUAAUGAAUUGAAAUUAAAACAAAAAGAGUUAAUCAACGCAAUUAAUUUAGAUAAAUAUGCAAUUGCAGAUGAUGCCGAAUUUGAAACUGCAGGUAAAUCAUUAAAUAAAGCAGUGAAAGAUAAAGGAGUGGUUAGUGUUAAAAGUAAAAACAAGAGAAAACAAACUGAAAGUGCCAAUGAUAUUUAUGAAAGUGAAAUGAAUAAAGUUGGUAAGAAAUCCAAAAAAUCCAAAAAGUAA